AAAGAGUCAACUUCUAGCCGCCCACCAUCAAAAGGUCAUGGACAGACCCUUGAUGAAGAUUCUAAAAAGGCCCAAUUCUGGCGAGAGUUCAACUAGGGGCUAUAGCCAUAUAACCCCAGGGACUCCCCUCCUUUAUUGUCCUUUCUGAAAUGUUCCUGCUGUUUCCUUCUCACUAUACUCUUUCAUUCAUGAACUCUGUCUCUAGAGAUCUUUAUAUAUAAGCUGUCUAUAUCCUUUAAUUAUUCUGGUUCUGCUGGUACAGAACUCACUGCCUCGCCGUGUUCAUUCUUUAUGUUUCCAUUGGCAAUAUUCAAUAUAUCUUUACCACUCAAGGUAUCCCACCAAAUCUUUGAACCCGGUUCUUUGCGAUGGUGAAAUCGCUAUUCAUUACGCUCUACCUUUCCUUAUUAUAUUGUUGCUGCGGUACAGCUAGCAGUUUAAAAUCAGGCGCAGUGCCUGGCCUUUUCCCUCGGGAACAGAUAUGUGCAAAGUCAGGCUUCGUACAAUGUGGAAAUCCUAAUGUCCCCAAGAACUUCUGCUGUUCAGAAAAUUCCGACUGCUUGGUUAUAGACAAUGCAAGCACAGUUAUCUGCUGCCCCAGGGGAUCUGACUGCAAGACCAUCCGGCCAAUUACGUGUGACGUUCAACUGCAAAACGUCGCGGUAGACCCCGGAAGCUCCAUCAAAACCACAAAGUUGACGGGAGAUCUACCAAAAUGCGGUAGCAUGUGCUGUCCACACGGAUAUGCUUGCCAGAAUCGGAGCUGUGUGCUCGUUAAUGCAUCCUCAGAGCCCGUUCGAUCUCCGGAACCCGCCCCGUCAGCCUCGAUAUCCAUUUCUCCAACAGCCCCUUCGUCCUCUACAUCUAAACCCAAUUCAACGGAGGCGCCAGCGACCUCCCCCGCCGCAGAGCAAAAAUGCAAUAAUUUCCCACCUGGCGCGAUCGUGGCGGGCUUCGUUCCAGGAAUCGUCUGCGGGAUUAUAAUCAGCGUGAUAUUCAGUUGCCUAAAGAGAAAGUCAGCUGAAAAAUCCCAAGCCUUGCAUCCUGACGCUGGGAAUUAUCGACAAAAGUCUGUGGAUGGUACUGUGAUCUCGAUAUCAGACCCCAUGCCGUCCAGUGCACAAGAUUCCUUUAGGACCGACUUCCUACGACAACAGGCAAGCUACUACGAGUCUGAAAAUAACAAUAACCGUCGGUCACGCAUUCAACGUACAAGUGAUCGAGUCAGGAGCCUCUUUGCUCCAAAAUUUUCCGUCAUAACAGACCCGCCACCUCCAGAUGUUCCGCAAAUGCCAGCAACACCACAGAACAGGGCAUUUCCGCAACGAUCGUCCAGCACUGAAAGCAUCAAGGUGUACAGCCCUGUGUACCUGGGAAAUGAAAAUCGAUUGAAGCCUCCAAUUGGCUUGACCGCAUCGGGAAGACCGCCAACUACCUUCACCGAAAUGAUGGAGCGGGUUGGGUUUCAAAAUGGCCGAGGAAGUCCUUGCUACCAUGUUUCGAAUACGCCGCCACCACCAAUCUCGAAAACUUCUACUGGAAGCCCAUUAAAGCAGAUAUAG